GAUUGAAGUGGACAAAGUGAGAAGAGAGUGAAGGUGAGUGAGAAUAGGAAGGAGAAAUUAAAAAGGAAAAGGAGUUUCAGGGAAUGGGAGUUGGACAGAAAUCUCUUUCAUUCUAAGGUUUGAUUAUAUUCUAACUGGACCAAUUGUUCAGUGACUUGAAAUGAACUGAAUUAUCAAAGGUAAAUUAAUGCUCGAUGAUAAUGAUGAUUAAAGUGAAAGGGAAGGACUUGUGAAGAGAGUUCGAGAGAGAAUAGAAGUUGCCGAAUGAAAGAGAAACAAGAUGAGAGAAAGAGAAGAUGAGAAUUGAUCGUUGGAAAAACAGUUGAAUAGAGUUAAUGUAAGAUGAACAAGAUGAUGAUGAAAACAUGAAGCAUGAGCUGAACUCAGUCGAUAGAUGAUACUUUGGAACUCUGUGAAACUCGGUUAGACUCAUUGAAGAUUUUAAUGUGGCUGUUGCUUCAAGAAGAGAAAACCUUUUCCACCACCAACCUCAUCUUCCAUCAUUUCUGUUUCCUCUUUUUUUCUUUCGUUCUUUUUACAAUAUAAACAUCCCAAAAGAACUUUUUUCUUCUCCUUACCAUUCUUAUUCCAUUUUGCUCACUUACUUAUAUUCUCAUCAUCACCAAGCUUGACUUCUUUAUCUUAUAUACUCAUAUUCUUCUCUUGGAUUUAUCCUCAUCUUCUUUCUUAAGCUUUGUUUUUCCAUUUUCAUCAUAUUCUUUUUCCGCCUCUUUUCCUUUUCCUUUUAUCAUUUUCUUCUAAUUUUCUUUUUGUCUUCUUCUUUUCAGUGUUUCCUAUUUUUUUCGAGCACUUUAAUUCCUUUUGUUUCUUUAUAUAUAUAAAUAUAUUUAUUCCAGUUUCAGGAUUACAUUGAAAGUGAAGUUAAUCCACCACAAUCAACGCCAACGUUGAACAUCAUUGUUGUUACUUGUGACCAACAUCAAUCACUGGAAAAGAAAUUGUGACAAAAAAACAGUUAAUUCAAUGAGAAAUCAGCAAACCGGGUUAAUUGUAAUUCCUCUGUAAUACUCACCAAGUUACUAUUGUUUUGGUGUAACAAGUAAAUUACCAUUUGAACAAUUGAAAAAGCAACACGUUGAUUUGAAUCUGAAAACAGUAAAGUGAUCAACAACAACAACAGUUUUACUUUAAACACUAUCAACAUCUUAAUUAGUUAAUCAACAAUGGAAUCAGCAUCUGAUAGAUUCAUGUGUUGUUGAUGUUAAAUUGUGAUGUUUACAUAAUAUGUUCAGUUAAUUAUUAUAAUAGUUACCCAAAAAUAUCCAGAAAAUUUAACGUUGAAAUCAAAGAGGAGAAAAAGGAAAACCAGAGAAUCAAAUUUAAUUAUUAUUAGUUACUAGGUCUUAAAUCAUCAAUUUUAAACUGGCUUCUAAUCAUUACAAGUUGAAUGGUUGGUUAAUUGUUUAGAGGGAAGAAGAAAAUUAAUUUCAAUCAAUAACGUUGAGAGUUAACUGUUUGUUUAUCGAAGAUGAUUUCGGCUAUGCCAGCGGUUGCUGUUCGCCGAGAGCGGGAAAAGAAUCGCCAAGGAAAACUGAUCGGCGAUCCUUUCGCAAGAGGUAGUUAUAUCGCCGGUCAUCAGUUGCAUCAUUUGCCAACAUCUUAUUAUCAUCCUCAUCAUCUUCAUCAUCAUCAUCAUAAUUCAUCAAAUCAACAAGGAAAUAAAUCAAUUGAUCGUAAUCAUAAUUCAUCUGAUUGUGUAAACAUCUCAAGUGAAGAUAAAAAUGGUUUAACUUUUUUAAUCUACUCGGGUUUCGGUUGCCUGGCAAUCGGAUUAAUUUUUCUUCUAAUUGGUAUUGUAACAAUUAAAUUACCUUCUCAGAUUAUUGGUCUAGUGUUUAUUGGUUUAGGUGGUUUGUUUUGUGUAAUCAAAGUUAUCCUCAAUGGUAAAUCAUCAUCUUCAUCUUCAUCAUUAUCUUCACCACCAAGAGCAACAACAACAACAACAACAACGAGUGGAAACUAAUUGUGAUGGAGUUAGAAGCGAUAAUGUUGAUAACAAUUUAAAUUUAAUAAGAAGCUCCAUUAAUCAACCGUUGAUUGUUGAUUCUAAACAAACAGUUAAACUGCCAAAUUCACCAAAGUCAAUGAAUAAUUCAAUGCCUACGGAGAAAUCAGCUGAUUGUCUAAAUCAAACAUCAUCAAAAUCAAUUGAUCAACAAUACCUCGAGGCAAGUUAACAGUCAAAGACAAUUUUACUUUCCCUCUCUCUCUCUCUGUUUAAAUUGAAAAUUUAAUCAUCUAAGUGUCAUCCUAAUCAUCAUUCACUCUGUUAUCAACAAUUAACCUUCGUAACUAAAUAUCAUGUCAAUCAAAUCAUUCAAUUGUAAUUUCAUUUCUUCUUCAAGUCUGUAUCAAUCAUUUAACCUUUAAACUCGUAAUUAAAUUGUGAACAACAAUUAAGUCAAACUGAUUAUUUUGACCCUGAUUUAAAUAAUAAACUGU